CCCAACCUGGCUCCUGCAAUCCCAUAUCAUGUUCAAGCGCAGCGCAGAGCGCUCCGCGAUAUCGCAAAAAUCCGCCAGCUUGCGCUCGAUGCCGUUGAUGAUCGACGUCAUCGCCAGGUCGCGCUGGUGCGAGUACCGCGUGUAGACGCCCCAGUUGGCGGGCAGAGGCGCCGGGGCGGCUUUCAGCUCUGGGCACCCGAGGGUUGUGUUCAUUACUUGGUCGCUGGCGAUUCUGUUAGCUUCCCAGGUACACAAGGAAUAAAUUCGUAUGUAUGCAUGACUCAACGGCACGCCAUGUCAUGUCAUGGAAGGCUUGGUGGGAGAGGGAUGAUGUGGAAGAAGUGUUCCCUGCGUGGGAAACAUUCAUCCGCACCCUUCAACUAGAAGCCAAGAUGCGAAAGAUUCUAUUCCCGUACAUCAUGUUGACCAACUCGGACCACAACCAACAAGUCAUUUCAUCCUACGGAGAAAAGAGCGUGUCCCGCCUUCACCAGAUCCAGGAGACGUACGACCCGAACCUGGUGUUCCAGCGCCUUGUGACCGGCGGCCAAAAGAUCCCGCUUAUUUGAUUUAUUUAUUUCUUCUUCCUCUAUCUGCCUACGCUAGAUUCCCGAUAGACAAUGUCGCGCAUGAGAGGAGCACACAUUUUUAAUUCAUGAGAUGAGCAACGUUUAUAUCAUGAGAAGA